ACCAUUACCAAUUCAGUCUUGCACAGCAACUACAGUGCUGAUAAUAAACCACACAGCUGCCACCCUGAGAAUGACAGCUGGAGAGACUAUCCUCUAUCCUUUAUGGAGAUUCUCUCCCUCCCUCGGUGCGCCUUCAGAGCAGCGCUCGUCCGGAUCUCGGGAGCACCGCGCCGCUGGAUGGUCCCGCACAGGAGCAGCGCCGUCCAGUUGUAAGCACCCGGACCUCGCUCCGGCUCCGGCUCCGGCUCUGGGGAGACAGGGAUGGCGGACCAGGAGACCCCGCCUGGGGGGGAAGCCCCUCCCAACUACAUGAUCUUCAUCCUGGUCCUCUUCUUCUUCCUCACGGGCCUGUUGGGCUUCCUGAUCUGCCACGUGCUGAAGAAGAAGGGAUACCGCUGCCGCACAGGAGAGCCAGAGGAGGAGUGCGAGGACAAGCUGGCCGGGGGCACAGGAGAGGAGGAAGCAGAAGAUCCUAACCAGGACACAGUGGAGCAGAUCUUGAAGUGCAUCAUUGAAAACGAAGCAAAUGUAGAAGCCCUGAAGGAGAUGUUGGUAAACCAGAAUGUACCAGAUCACAUGGACCAAAGACUGCCGCGCAAGGAGAGCGCCGGCACCCUGCCGCCCCACCACCACACCGUGCACUCGGGCAGCGAUCGCAAUGCCUGCCUCCACUGCGUCCAGGGCCGCACCAGGAAGGCCCGCGGCCGGAGCCGGGUGGCCAGGAGCAAGGCCCGGCCCGGAGAGCACACGGUCUUCUCAGUGGGGAGGUUCAGAGUCACCUACGUUGGUAAGAAGAACAGCAUUACAGAAACCACCAACCCACCCACCACGGAGCAACAGCCCGCUGACCAGUCAGAGAGCACCGACCAUCACAGCCCCCAAGCAGAGGGGGAGCCCGACCCGUCACAGUGCAAGGGGCAAGAGGCAUACAAUCUGAGGAGCAUGUUCAAAGACGUCAGCCCAGAGGUGAACGACGGCGUGGCUCAGACCAGAGCCCAGCAGGUGGAAGACGUGGCCAAGAAGACUCAGUCAGAGACAGGGGGCGCUGACAGCUGCGCACCUGCCUCAGCUCCAGAGAAGAGCCCCGCAGCUCGAGAAGAUGGCGUGGUCGAGGGGACCACCAUCAGAGAAGGUGCUCUUAACGGCACCUGCGCGGUCCCGGGCAUCCACUCCAGCCCAGGGCCGAUGGAGGACAUCGUUCUCCUGAGUGCGGCGCCGGGCCGGCGGAGGGAAUACGCCGUCCUCCAGAUGGAGGACUUCGGGGACGACGCGGCGCAAAUGGAGGACGGGAAGGACGACAUGGUGGAAAUGGAGGACAUCAAGGACUGCAGGGUGAGCCGGGAGCUGGAAGGGGAGGAGGUCUUGCGGAGCCUGAGAGCCGCGGGGCACGGGGCUCAGUCUGGGGAGGGCAAGAGGAGGUCGAUCGUGGUGCACACGCAGCACAAGUGGUAAAGAAGAACGUGAUGCCAGGAGGGGCGGGAGAGCAGCCAAGAAGGGCAGUGGAUCAGAGACACCCGGGUCACCCGGACUGCACUGGGUCAUUGGCAGCCUCACUGGGGCUGAAGCCGUGAUCCAUUGUCAGAUUUUACUGUCAGGAAUACAUCGGCCAAGAAAUACUGAUCCAGCAUUAUCUCUCCUGUGGUUGAACCAGCACUUGCAUAAAGCUUAGUGACCACUGGUUAAAAUGUUACCUUGAUGAUCGCAGAUAAAGAGCUGUUUGCCUUGGGCCACCACUCCUUGGGCUACCAGCUAGAGGGUAAUAGGAGAUCUCACAACUAGACCAGUGUUUAAUCCUCGUGGCUCUUUCUGACAAGAUUGUACAAGAGCCUCCUUUUCCUCAUUAAAUAGUUGCCCUGCCCUGU